AUGACCUUUCUGGGUAUAGUCACCUUCGCACUUAUGAUGUUUGUCUCAUACUUGAUUUUCAAGGUCUUCCGACUGGUGAGAUUUUCAGAUUUGCCAUUACUGCUUUCAGUUUUAUCUAUUUUUCUAAGUUUAUCUUAUGAUGAUAAUAACUACAUCAAGUCAUCGGAUAUAGCAAGGAUUAUAGACUUUGGAAAGAUAUAUUUCUUUUUUUCUGCAAUAGUAUUUGACGUUUACAAAUGGGUGUUGUUUGUUUUGGCAACAAAAACAUAUGUAAGCAUGAAGGAAGAUCUUUACCAACGAGAUAAAAGAAUACUUUUGAUUUCAAUGAUAAUAUCUUAAUUCGUUGUAUUGGCUACUUCAUUAGGAAUAAUCAUUGCAAUGUUUAUAGACCCAGGUAACACCAACGCUCAUGAGACCUAAUAUGUGUUUACUUCAGUUGUCUAUUUUAUUACUCUGGUUGUGUAUAUUACAGUUUGCUACUAGUUAGCCAAUAGAUUAAAGAGAUUUUAUCCAAAUUUCUAUGAAAAAGAAAAGAAUAGAACUAAGCUAUCAGAAAGCCAAGAUAACAAUAACUGGUAUUUCCCUCUCCACCAACUAUUCGUAAUCAUUCUUGGUUCUCUAUUUCCUAUUGGUUCUAUAACUUAUUCACUAAUGAACGGAAUUAAUAAUAAGAAAAAGGUUAGAAUGAGAGAUGAAAUUAGAGGCAUGGAAUAACAGAGACGCUCUACAUUCUCUACACUACUAGAUGAAGAUUCUGAUGAUUCACCGAAUAAAAAAGCUUUGGAAUAAUAAUUCAACACAACAAACAACAACAGACAGACAGCAACUGCUCUCUUGAUGUAGAAAAUCAGUUUUUACUCAAACAGUAAGAAAUUGAAUACAGGUAGUAAUAAGAAUGCUGGAAAUUCUCAGGGUAUGGGGAUAGCAAAGUCUCGCUACUCUGAAAAUCUUGGUGAUACUUAUACGACACACAGCCUAAAUUCAGAUAAUCUCAGUGAUCCCAUGUGA